AUGAAUUCCGUUAGGGAGCUUAUGCGGCAGGAGAAACUGCGGCGGCAGAAGCAGCGGGAAGCAGCAGAAGCAGCAAAGGCAGCAGCAGCAGCAAAGGCAGCAGCAGAGGCAAAGGCAGCAGCAGAGGCUAAGGCAGCAGAAGAAGCUAAGGCAGCAGCUGAAGCAGCAGCAGCAGCCGAAGUAGAAAGAGUACAGAAGCAGGCUGCAGCUGCAGCAGCAGCAGCAGCAACAGCAGCAGGUUCUGAUUUAUUAGGAGGUUAUAAUAGUGAUGAAGAAGACAAGGAAGAAAAAGAAGAAGAAAAAGAAAAAGAAGAAAAAGAAGAAAAAGAAGAAGAAAAAAGAAAAAGAAGAAAAAUAGUAAUAGAAGAAGGACUUCCUGAUGAUUUCUUUGAUGAUCCAACAGAGGCAACAAAAUCAAUAAAAGAAACUGAAUCUCCUCCUUCCCCAUCAGCAGCAGCAGCAGCAGCAGCAGGUACAGGAGGAGGAGGAGCAGCAGCAGCAGCAGAGGAGGAGGAGGAGGAAGAAGAAGAUGUAUUAGGUUAUGAGAUAGAGGAGCCUGAUGAAUCUUUGCUGCAGCCAAAGGUUGCUGCUGUUAAGGAAGAAGAAGAAGAGGAAGAAAAAGGAGAAGAAAAAGAGGGAGAAGAAGGAGGUAAUAAGAAAUCUGCUGCUGCUGCUGCUGCUGCUGAUACCGGUGCUGCAGGAGCAGAUGCAGCAGCAGGAGGUGAUGCAGCAGCAGGAGGAGAUUCAGCAGCAGGUGAUGGUGAUAAGAAUGGUGUGUCUAAAGAAGGAGAAGUAGCAGCAGCAGCAACAGGAGGAGAUGCAGCAGCAGCAGCAGCAGCAGAUGCAGCAGCAGAUGCAGCAACAGCAACAACAUCAUUUAUAUUAAGUAGCUUAGAGUUAUCUACAGCUAUUGAUGAGACACAUUGGUAUACUCCCUUCUCUACAGCUCUACACAGGUAUCCUACUGCAUGCAGCAGCAGCAGCAGCAGCAGCAGCAGCACAGGUUGUAGUAGCAGCAGCAGUUGCAGCAGCAGCAGCAGCAAGGGGGAUGGUGAGGUGCUGGAGGAGGAAGCAAGGAUUCAGGAGCAAGAGAAGCGUGCACAGGAGGUAGCUAAGUUACGUAGCGAAGCAGCAGCAGCAAAAGCAAAAGAAGCAGCAGCAGCUGCUGCUGCUGCUGCAGCUGGAGGAAAGAAGAAGCGUAAGAAUAUGCUACAACAGCAGGAUGAUCAGCAGCAGCAACAGCAGCAGCAGCAGCAGCAGCAGCAGCAAGAUGGUGAGCUACCAUGGGGCUUCUUUGAUGACUUUGAUAAGGAUGCAGCAGCAAGAGGAGAGAUAGGACCUGCAGAGCUGCAGCGGCAGCAGCAGCAGCUAAGAGAGAAGAAGCAGCAAUUAAUUAAUGAUAUAAAAGAAGGAAGGAAAGAAGCAGCACAAGAAAAAAAAGAUAUAAAAGAUUUUGUUAAUCAAGUUGUGCUGCUGCAGCAAGAGCAGCAGCAAAUAGAGAAGCAAGUGCAUGCACUUAAAAUGAGGGCAGAAGCAUUCAAGCAGCAGCAGCAGCAAAUGCAGCAGCAAAAACAGCAGCAGCAGCAGCAGCAGCAGCAGCAGCAGCAAAAGGAAGAGAUGCAAACUAAAUGUAAAGUUGAACCAGAUGAGGCUAAUGAAGAUAAGAAGUUUGCUGCUGCUGCUGCAGCUGCUGCAGCAGCAGCAGCUAUCAAGGAGGAAGCAGCAGCAGCAGCAGCUGCUGCUGCUGCAGCAGCAGCAGAAGAGAUGAGUGCAGAUGAAUCAGAUGAUGCUGAUGAUGACCUCACGUGGCGCACUAAAUGUCUUGCAUAA